GAUAAUGCGUGUGAGAAAACGUCAUACAUGUUCCUACGAAAGGAACUUCCUGUGCGACUGGCUAACACAAUGAGAGAAGUCAAUCUUCUGCCGGAUAACUUGCUGAACCGCCCUUCGGUGGGCUUGGUUCAGAGUUGGUACAUGCAAAGUUUUCUUGAACUGUUAGAAUAUGAAAAUAAGAGCCCUGAGGAUCCAAAGGUCUUAGAUAACUUUCUACAAGUUCUCAUUAAAGUUAGAAAUAGACACAACGAUGUGGUUCCUACAAUGGCACAAGGAGUGAUUGAAUACAAGGAGAAGUUUGGAUUUGAUCCCUUAAUUAGCAGUAACAUUCAAUAUUUUCUGGAUCGAUUUUACACCAAUCGCAUCUCUUUUCGCAUGCUUAUUAACCAGCAUACACUUCUGUUUGGCGAUGACACUAAUCCUGCCCAUCCUAAACACAUAGGAAGUAUUGAUCCCACCUGUGAUGUGGCUGAUGUGGUGAAAGAUGCAUACGAAACAGCCAAGAUGUUGUGUGAACAGUAUUAUAUGGUAGCUCCAGAGCUGGAAAUUGAAGAAUUUAAUGCCAAAGCACCAGACAAACCUAUUCAGGUAGUUUAUGUGCCCUCACAUCUGUUUCACAUGCUAUUUGAGUUGUUCAAGAACUCAAUGAGAGCAACAGUUGAAUUGUAUGAAGAUAGAAAAGAGGGCUGCCCUGCUGUUAAAACUCUUGUGACUUUGGGUAAAGAAGAUUUGUCCAUUAAGAUAAGUGACCUAGGUGGUGGAGUCCCACUUCGUAAAAUAGACCGUCUUUUCAACUACAUGUAUUCAACUGCUCCUAGACCUAGCCUGGAGCCCACAAGAGCUGCCCCUUUGGCUGGAUUUGGUUAUGGUUUGCCAAUUUCUCGUCUGUAUGCUAGAUAUUUUCAAGGAGAUCUAAAACUAUAUUCCAUGGAAGGAGUAGGUACUGAUGCUGUCAUUUAUUUGAAGGCUCUUUCUAGCGAAUCAUUUGAGAGGCUGCCAGUUUUCAAUAAGUCUGCAUGGCGCCAUUACAAGACCACACCUGAAGCCGAUGACUGGAGCAAUCCCAGCAGUGAACCCAGGGAUGCAUCAAAAUACAAAGCUAAACAGGGACAAGAUCAAGACAAAUAGAACUUUGUAAGGAACUAAAUGCUGUGGUCCUCUCUUGUGAAGAAAGAUCAUCUUCUGCAAGUCAGCGAGAGAGCACUUUUCCCCACCAACUCUGAAUUAAUCCCAGUGCUUGAGUGUGUAUUUUCUCCAUACCAGCUGGAUCUUUCCAUGGAGCCCUUCCUGUAGUUAUUCUAGCCAUAAGUUCCACUAAAGUAGUAACUCAAGUAAUUUUUCAUGUUAUUUUGCUAUGAUGUAGUUGGUGCCUAUCACAAAAGAACGCAGAGCCUCCUUCGAGCUCUUGUACCCUUGCACUGUCUAUCUCAUCAUCUUAGAGCCUAGUGUCUCAAGUCUUCCCCUGGAUUCUGAGUUCCUUCCCAUCCCAGAUGCAGCAGUUCCUGCUGCUCUCUUUGUGACCAAAUACCAUAUUUGCCCAAACUUCCAGUUAGGGUCUGGGAAUCUAGAAAUAGAAGAUAGCAGCUGAGCACACCUUCAGAAUUCAGUCCCAGGGUACUCUCUGCUGUGCAUCCCUCCUCCACUCUCUGAUUGGGUUUGACUACCUCCAUCUGGUCUGCAUUCUCAUUAUGAGAUGUCCUAUUUUCGUAUUAGGUCUUACUCACUGAUGCAUUGAUAUUUUACAAUUCAUUGUAUACUUCCAUUAAUUAAAGCAUUCCAAAAGUUGUCUUGGAAUUUUUCACUUAACAGCUUAAUUUCAAAGAUCAUAAGUGAAAAAUUGCUUUGUGAUCAGUAUCAAGCUUAUGAAGAAUGGGAAAUACUUUCUUCUGUAGAAAUUGCACCAGUCUAACACUAUAUCUUUGUCAUUUUCCUUUGUAGUCUCCUAAGGAAUUGGAAGUUCCUGUGUCAUGCACUUUACUAGUCAUAAAAUAGACUACUGAAGGGAGAAGUCCUUUCUAAUUUACUUGAAAAAUAUUGUGGGCCUUCAUCAUUUUCAUUUUCAUUCAUUUCAUCCAGUUUUAGAUUUGUCAGCUCAAUCUGAUUUUCACCCUCCCUCAUUUUUUGCUAGAAUUGGGAAUGAGAAUUAACAGGGAACUUGGGUACGGAAAGAGGAAUGGUAUUAUAUUUACUCUUAGUAAUAGAAGCUGGCUGACAGUCCACAUUCAAAGUAGCAUCUUAUACAACUCUGUAGGUUGUGUUUCUCUUUACUGUUAUUUUUCAUGUCAGUCAAAUUUUUACUGAUUUAGAAGUCAUCUUCAUCCUUUAGUCACAUGACAGUGGCAAUUCAGUUGUCCCACUGCCACCAUAGUGGGGAUUUUUUUCCCCUGGAAGGAGGUAGGCUCUGACCAGCUGCACUUGGCAACUCUGUUUCUCUUAGUUUCACUGAAUCUGGAUUUCUUUCAUGUUAUUAUGAGCUCAUGGCAAGUUCUUUCAUCUUUAGAAAGAUCUCACCUAUUCUGUCCUCAGAAGGAUCUCACUAGAGAACUCAUAUAUAAUCACUCAAGUAAAAGCCAUUAUCAGUGUACUUACAAGAGAUUGGUGAGAUGGGCUAUGGGGCUGCUUGUUUGAGAUCCAAGUCAGUGUCUCAGGAAUGGGGCUGUUCCACGUGGCUCUUCUCUUAUGGUAUAAAAGAUGUAAAAAUAAACUGGAUGUGGUGGUGCCUGGCCAUCAUCCUGUCUUCUCAGGAGACUGAGGCAGGAGUACUGCAGGUCAAAGGCCAGCCUGCUAAAUUCAGUGAGAUCCUGUCUCAAAAAUUUGAAAAAAGUACAGGGGGGCUGGGGGGCUCAGUGAUAGAGAGCUUGCCUAGCAGGUACAAAACUCUAGGUUUAAUCCCCAGCACUGCAGAAAAGAAAAGAUAUAAAAUUAAUGGUCCUUUACAUUUAAAGAGCCUAGCUUCCAUAUAAACAUUAGAUAGUUUCCCUAUCUUACUAGGCCUCAACUUCCAGCUGUCCUCCUUUAUACUUUUUUUUUUGGUACCAGAGAUCGAAGUCAGGACCUUGCGCUUGUGAGGCAGGUGCGAUGCCACCGAGCUAAAUCCCUGGCCCUCUCCUUUGUACUUUUAAGUGGGAUCUGCUGUAGGGGAAAGGAGGAAGCAGAUUUGGGUCAUGUUACUUAUUGCCUUGUUCGUCAGUGCUGCCAAGCCCUCAAACAAGCACCUUGUAGGGGGUCAAAUAUGGUAUAGAAAAAUCCUGGCACAUUCUUCACAAGUAUUUCUCAAAAGCAAAAUUUUAUUUCAGUGUUUCAAUGACUCAAUAUACUUUAGACCAGUGAUAAACAUUUUAGAGCUGUAAGUGACAACAGACAGCUGGUUGUGGCAUGUGUGCCAUGGGUUACCACCGCUGCUUUAGAGCUUACUCAUAUGCACCUGACCCCAAGUACAAUCUUGCUUCUAUCUCCUGUCUUUUUUCUUCAUUAAGAAUUUUUUCUCAAGUUUUAUCCUUCAUUUCACUGACAAGAACAGUUCAAGGAUCAUCUUGCAUUCUCAGUUUGUCAGCCCCCUUAUCCACAUACUUGUUUAUCCUUUUUCUUGACUGUAUAUGACCCUCUGAGCUUAAGCACAUCUCUCUAGUUGUUUGCUGGGUUUGCCAGUAAGCCAGGGGUCAGUUACCUACCUAUAAAUUGUAAUAUAAAUAGAUAUUGGCCCCUUUUUAGCCAAAUCCUUCCCCAUUCCUCUGUAAUGCCCUCAUGUCCAUCAUUUGGAGGCCAUGUCUACUACUUGAAAUACUGCCUGGAAAAUAAUAGAUACUUAAUAAAUACUGAAUCAAAGACUGGAAACUGACAUUUACCUUGGUUAGUGGGACAACUUCUAAAUUCUUAAGCUAUCCUCAUCUUCAAAACUCAUAAUUCAGGUCUGGGGCUUUGGAAGUACUAAAUUUAUUUUUUUUAAAAUAGUGCUAUGAAGUGGUUUUAAAGUAUAGAGAAAAUGACAGGAAGUAGAGAAAGAUCCACAGAAACUAUCUGAUCCAUUUUUUAUCUCUGAAUUUCUGCUUUUGGCUCCAUAGUACAGGGGUUCUUUCCAUCCAGGGACAUGGCUUUACAGUCUUGCUUAUAGAUUCCCAAGAACUUCUAUACUCAGCAUGGCAUCUGAGCCUCACAAAGCCCCGAGGCAGGUAGACCACACAGGAACAUCUCUACUUUCACAUGAAUCCCAAAGCAGUUAAGUGGUUUGCUAAGGUGGCCUGCUAAGUGAAUAGAAGAACAGUAAGUAGUUGGAUCUUCCUGUUCCUAUGUUAGUGCUCUGAAUAAUACACCAGGCAGUUAAUGUUAUUCCUUUUGAGGAAUUUCUUGGAUAUAUUAAUCCUCAAGGGUAAACUUUAAACCAAAAGCUUUCUGUAAUGCAAAGUAGUUUCACUCAGGAGAGGUUUUCUUUUUUGUGUUUUCAUUUCAGCAUAAUCAGAGGAGACAGUCAAAUGAAUGUGGCAGCUUUUACCUAAAAAGACAGGCAACUGAAAAUGUAUAGCUGUAGGUAAUUACUAGAGUUGGUUAGACUUAAUUCCAUGUUUGAAUGAAGUCAGUGCUCACUGCCAGCCCUUUCAUACAAAGACUACACAUUUGAGAGUUGAUGCUUUUAUGUUUUGGUGGACUAGAUUAUAGCAUCGGUUAGACUCCCUUUCAUAUUUACACAUGUCUCUUAAUUGACAUUACUUAUGAUGUAUGUGUUGGCUGGCUAUUGGAUUCUUGGAGCACGUCCUUUUCCCUUCAGUUCUUUCAUGAUGUUACUUUAUUUUUACUCGUAUCUGAUGGUGAUGAGAAAUCUGAGUCCAGAUGGACUUCUCUUCCCCUCUUGUAGGUAACCUGCUUGCUUGCCAUGGAUACUUGUGAUUCUUUGUUUAUUCUUGAAAUUCAGUAACUUCAUUUGAGUUUAUCUUGGGAUUGACAGUUGUCUGUUGACAUUUUCUUGUACACAACGAGCAAUUAGAUACUGACAUUUUAGGCCUUAUUGCAUUUUGUAUCUGUUCUGUUCGUUUUUAAAAGAAUUUGUCAUUCCAUUGGCUCUCUAUCAUCUGCCCUUCACAUUUGUCUUUGGAUGGCUUUCAUUUCCUUGUCUUCCUUCAUGCUGGGUGAUUUUUUGUCAAGUCUUAUCCUCCAUUUCACUGACUUAGGUUUCUGUAUUAUUGAGAGACUAGGCCCUGUUGCUUGUAAUAUGGCUUUUACUUGUUAGUUUUUUUAAAACUACUUUUCUCUGUAGGUCAUUCUGUCAUCCUCACUGAUUCUUUAUUUCAUUUAUUUGAGGGCCAAACCAUUUUGUCUAUAUUUUUCAUAGUUUCUGAGUUCAUUCUUUUUCUAGAGUGUAUUGAUGUGUCUCUUUUUUGCUUUAUUGUCAGACACUCCCCUGGAGCCCAUGGUAUGGGUUUGUGGCUUUUAUUAGUUUCACUAUAGACAGCUUCUGGCUCAAUUUUGGGAUGUGUGUGUUGGAGGGCAGGAGCACUUAUAUAAACACACACUUAUUCUGCCAUCUUUCCCAGUGGUCCAGAUGCUUAAACAUUGA